CUCAGUGUCACCAGUGUGCUGCCCUGUCCCUAUUGUCCCCCGUGUCAUUGUAUCCUCCCUCUGCCGCCAUCCCGGUGUCCCCUUUGUGCUGCCAUCCCGGUAUCCAGCUGUGUCGCCAACCCUGCCCCGUGUCCCCCUUGUGCUGCCAUCCCCGUGUCCCCUUUGAGCUGCCAUUUCUGCUGUCCCCCUUAUGCUGUGCUGCCAUCCCCGUGUGUCCCCUUCUGCUGCCAUCCCCGUGUCCCCCCUUGAGCUCCCGUCCCCGUGUCCCCCCCUUUGUGCUGCCAUCCCUGCUGCCCUGUCCUCUGUGUCCCUCUGUCCCUGUAUCCUCCCUCUGCUGCCAUCCCGGUAUCUCUCUUGUGCUGCCAUCCCUGCGCCACAUGUCCACUGUGCGCUGCCACCCCGCGUGUCCAGCUGUGCCACCAAAACUGCCCCGUGUCCCCCUUGUGCUGCCAUCCCUGCUGCCAUCCCUGUGUCCCCCUUGUGCUGUCCCGCGUCCCCGUGUCGCCAUCCCCGCGUGCUCCCACCCCGCGCUUCCGUAUCCCUCCUAUUUUCCCCGCUCCUCCCCGUGUCCCCACCCCUGUCCCCUUGUCCCCGCCCCGCCAUGGCGCCGCUGGCCGACCUGUACCAGGUGUCCAUGGCCUACGGGCACUGGCGGGCCGGGCGACACCGCGCCCCGGCCGCCGCCGAGCUCUUCUUCCGCCGCCCGCCCUUCCGCGGCUCCUUCGCGCUCGGCGCCGGCCUGGCCGAGGGGCUGCGGGGGCUCCGAGCCUUCCGCUUCUCCGCUGCCGACGUCGCGUACCUGCGCUCUGUCCUGCCCAGCACCAUCGACGACGCCUUCUUUGACUACCUGGCCACCCUGGAUGCCUCCGAGGUGACCGUCACCGCCAUUCCCGAGGGCUCCGUCGUUUUUGCCAGGGUGCCGUUCCUGCAGGUGAAGGGGCCGCUGCUGGUGGUGCAGCUGCUGGAGACCACCUUGCUGUGCCUGAUCAACUACGCCAGCCUGGUGGCCACCAACGCUGCCAGAUUCCGCCUCCUGGCCGGGCCGGACAUGAAGCUCAUAGAGAUGGGGCUGCGCCGCGCGCAGGGGCCCGACGGAGCCCUCUCGGCAUCCAAAUAUUCCUACAUUGGGGGCUUCGACUGCACCAGCAACAUCCUGGCGGGAAAACUGUACGGAAUUCCCGUGCGCGGCACCAUCGCCCACUCCUUCAUCAUGUCCUUCAGGUGCCUGGAGGAGGUGCAGCCACGGGAGCUGCCGCCCCGGGCCGGAGGAGAUCCCGUGGAUCUGGCGGACCUGGCUGUGUCCUGGCUGCAGAGGGUUUGUGACCUGCUCCAGACUCCUCCCAGCAAGGCCAACCAGGGCGAGCUGGCCGCCUUCGUGUCCUACGCUGUCACCUUCCCGUGUGACUUCCAGGGAUUGCUGGACACCUACUGUGUCAGGAGGAGUGGUUUGCCCAAUUUCUGUGCCGUGGCCUUGGCACUGCACCAGCUGGGAUACCAGGCCAUCGGGGUGCGCCUGGACAGUGGGGACCUGGCCCAGCAAUCCAAGGAAAUCCGGGGAGUGUUCCAAGCCUGCGGAGCUCACUUCCAGGUGCCCUGGUUUGAGACCAUCCCCAUUGCUGUCAGCAACGACAUCAGCGAGCAGAGCCUGGAGGAGUUCAGGAGGGAGGGGAGUGAGAUCGACAUGAUCGGCAUCGGGACCCACCUGGUGACGUGUCCCCUGCAGCCAUCGCUGGGCUGUGUCUACAAGCUGGUGGAGGUCAAUGGCUCCCCGUGCCUGAAGCUCACGGAGGAUGAGGAGAAGAUGACAAUCCCGGGGAUGAAGGCAAUCUAUCGGCUCUAUGAUGCUGCUGGUCACCCCUUCAUGGACCUCAUGGCCCUGGAGGAGGAGCCGUCGCCCAGCGCGGGGCAGGAGCUGGGGAUCCGAGUCCUGGGGCGGCUGGAGGAGAGCACCAAGGUCAUUCCCAGCACUGUGGAGCCCCUCCAUCGCACCUACUUCAGGGAUGGCCAGGUGUGUGAGCCCCUGCCCAGCCUGCCCGAGGUGAGGACCCACGCCCAGCUGUCCCUCAACCUGCUCAGCCCCGCUCACCGCCGGCUCCACGAGCCGCAGCCCUACCCGGUGGCCGUGACGGAACGGCUGCACCAGCUCUUCCUGGAGCUGCGCCAGGGCAGCCUCUGAGGGGGUCCCUGCUCGUCCCCAGCUCCUGCUCCGCUCUUUUUUGGGAAGCCCGGGUGCCUCGUUAGGAAUUAAUGGCUCUAAUUUAGACCUGGCGCUAACCCGAGGAACCUGCAGGAACUGGGAGAGAGCUCUGGGGUCCCAGUAGGGAAGCUGGGAAUGCUGGGAUGGGGAAGGCAGAGCUGUCCCUGCAUCCCCUGGAAGUGGCAGAACUGUGCCCAGCUUGGUGGCCCUGCCAGCCUUGUGCCUUCCUUGGUGGCCCUGCCAUCCCUGUGCCUUCCUUGGUGGCCCUGCCAUCCCUGUGCCCUCUGUGGUGGCCCUACUACUCCUUUGUUCAACUUGGUGGCCUUUGUGGCAGCCUUUUGCCUUAUCUUCGUGGCCCUGCCACUCCUGUGUCCAGCUUGGUGGCCCUGCCAUCCCUGUGCCUUCCUUGGUGGCCCUGCCACUCCUGUGUCCAGCUUGGUGGCCCUGCCAGCCCUGUGCCUGAUCUUGGUGGCCCUGCCAUC